CCGAGCCCAGGCGAAGAUGGCGAAGACUUACGACUAUCUGUUCAAGCUGCUGCUGAUCGGGGAUUCGGGCGUGGGCAAGACCUGCCUGCUCUUCCGCUUCAGCGAGGACGCCUUCAACACCACGUUCAUCUCCACCAUCGGAAUCGACUUUAAAAUCAGAACAAUAGAAUUAGAUGGAAAGAAAAUCAAGCUACAGAUAUGGGAUACAGCAGGCCAAGAGAGAUUCCGCACAAUCACAACAGCUUACUACAGAGGAGCCAUGGGAAUUAUGCUGGUGUAUGACAUCACAAAUGAAAAGUCUUUUGACAACAUAAAAAAUUGGAUAAGAAACAUAGAGGAGCAUGCCUCUUCAGAUGUAGAAAGAAUGAUCUUGGGUAACAAAUGUGAUAUGAAUGAAAAAAGACAAGUCUCAAAAGAAAAAGGAGAGAAGUUAGCAAUUGAUUAUGGAAUCAAAUUUUUGGAGACAAGUGCAAAAUCCAGCAUAAAUGUGGAAGAGGCGUUUUUCACACUUGCACGAGACAUUAUGACAAAGCUCAACAGAAAAAUGAAUGACAACAGUUCGUCGGGGGCAGGUGGGCCGGUAAAAAUAACAGAAAAUCGAUCUAAGAAGAGCAGCUUCUUUCGAUGCACGCUACUUUGAUGAACUUCUAAUGAUAAGACUGCAGCACACUUAGAACCUUUUCUGCUUCUUUGAAAGCACAGGGACACAAAGCCUCAGAAAUAAUACCACUAAGCUGCUGCUGAGAGCUCCAUUGAACGUAGACUGCGAUACACAAAUACCAAGUGGAUUUUGCUCACUAAGCCUACUGACCUGUCAGGCUCUUCUUUCUCAGAUAUGGAAGCUAUGAAGUGGAGACACAAAUGCAAGAUUUAACUCAUUUUCCUUUUUUACUUUCUGUUUUAUUGCCUGUUGCAAAAGCUGCUAUGUUUCUUUUAACUUUGCACAUCCAUAUUGGCCUCUUACUGCCUGUUACAGCACAAUCUUACAUUUGUACUUGCUCAGUCUGACUUGUAAAUAAGAUUCUUAACAGAUUUGUGCACACUUUUCUUUAUCUUUUUAAACAAAUUUAUUUUCAAGCAGAAGAGCCAGGAGAAAAAUUAAGUCUCAUUUCCAUGAUUUUCUAUGCUGUAUACUUGUGGCCAUGCAGUAUGGAUGUUAUUGCUCUCGUGAUGAGAACUACUGUAACAAUUGGCAUUUAACAAUUUGUACAGAUUUUGUCUCUUAGAUGCACAAAUCUGUUUAUGAAGAAGCUGUGGCUUCUAUUCGGAAUGUAGUAUGUUGCUUUUCUUUUUUUACCAGACUUAGCAAAGUUGUGUUCUGAAUUGCCAGUCUGAUUCACAGAUGCACCUUUCAGUUAUUUGAAUAAACACAGUGUCUUUCCUCACUUCCCUUUGUUAGCUCAGACUCUCUGCUCCUUUUUGUGUUUCUGAUGAGGAAGUACGUUCUGGAUUUGAAAUCAUCACCACAAAUUGGCCUUGUCACUAACACUUAAGUGGCUUGUGGAAGCUGAAUGCAUGAGUUUUGAGUAACCUCUUUGUGGAUUCACUUGUUCAGAAAUGACUGCUUCUAAAGGUGACUUCCAUUUUUACUCUUAAUUCUAAGGAUAGUUUGUUAAGAUUGGCACUAAGGAAGCCUCGCAUUAGGGCUAUAAUGUACUCCUAGUUAGACAGUUAAUGCUGAAUGUGUGUCUUUGGUCUGCUCAAGCAGUUGUUUUUUCAUCAAAAACUGGUACAGUGACCUAAACUGUUAGAAGCAGAGGUAAAACAUAGUUGCCUUUUUUACUUAACUGAGCAUUGUAUAACCUAGUCUUUGUUCUACUACUUUUUUAUUGUCUUCUGAAAAAUUUCCUAAAUGAGCAAUUAAAACAGGUGCUUUAGUUCUGUUGGUGUGCCAAACAUGUAAGCUUUAACUACAAGUUUGUGUCCAGCAUGUUUGCUGUUAGGGGAUGGGUGUGUUCUGUCAUUGUCAAAGACAAGUCUGAUGUGCUUGCUUUUGCUUCAGUUUGUUGUCUGGUGUGCUAAACAGUGGGUUAGUUGUUACCACAGAUAACCAUUUUGUUAUUAGGUACUGAAUUUGUCAUCUCUGGCUCUGUUCGAAACAGUUUGAAAGCGAACAGGGCCAAUAGCGUAGAUGUAAAGCUUUUGAUUUUAAAAGGUUUAACCUUAGUAGCUGGUUCCAUAAAGUUUUAGGUGGUUACCAGCCUGUUCUCACAUGUCUUUUAACAGAAGCAGUUCUUGUACUAGAUGGUGGAUUUCAUAAACUACUGUUGCUGCACUAGAGCAGAGAAACGUUUCUGGCAA